AGAGGUGGAGUCCUUAGUGGAGAAGAUGGUGGGCCACAAACUCAUCACAAAGCAGACGCCGAAGGAAGGCAUCCUGGUGAACAAGGUGAUGGUUGCCGAGUCAGUGGACAUCCUGAGGGAGACCUACUUUUGCAUUUUGAUGGACAGGGACCACAAUGGACCUGUUUUGAUUGCAAGUCCUGAUGGAGGAAUGGACAUUGAGGAGGUUGCUGAGAAAACCCCUGAGCGCUUGCUCACUCUCCCCAUCGAUAUCUUUGAGGGUCUGACAAAUGACAAGGCCCUGAAAGUGGCGGAAUUUCUCAAAUUUGAAGGAGAUCUCAAGGAAAAAUGUGCUAAGGAAGUGCAAGCGAUUUGGCAGAUGUUCCUGAGUGUCGACGCAACUCAGAUUGAGAUCAACCCACUAAUAGAGACUCCCCAGGGACAGGUUGUUGCAGUCGAUGCCAAAAUUCAGUUUGAUGACAAUGCAGAGUUCAGACAGAAGCCCAUCUUUGCCGAGGAAGACACAAGUGAGAGUGAUCCAAGAGAGGUUGAGGCUGCUAGACAUAACCUGACGUACAUUGGCAUGGAUGGAAACAUUGGAUGUCUAGUAAACGGUGCAGGCUUGGCAAUGGCAACCAUGGACAUUAUCAAACUGUACGGAGGAUCCCCAGCCAACUUCCUCGAUCUUGGAGGCGGAGUGAAGGAGGACCAGGUGGAACAGGCCCUCCGUAUCCUCACGGCAGAUGCAACAGUGAAGGCCCUCUUCAUCAACAUUUUUGGGGGCAUUGUCAACACAGCCACCAUUGCUAAUGGGCUCGUCAAUGUGCUGCGCAACACCCAGAUUGAUAUACCCCUUAUUGUGCGGCUGGAAGGAACAAAUGUAGACGAGGCCAAACGCAUACUUGCAGAAUCAGGAUGCAACAUUGAAUCUACAAAUGACUUGGAUGAGGCGGCAAAGAAGGCUGUUGCUUCCAUCAAUUAAAUUGUAAUUCUUUCUAAAUUGCAUCUUAAAAUCAUCCGUGGCAUCUGAUAAAGACACCAGUGUUGUAGUCAAUGAUUGUUAAGAAAGUUGUUAGGAAACAGGUGAUGCAAUUUUGUGUGUGAAAUUUGUUGUAAUGCCUUAUAUAUGCAUAUGAAUAUGCAGAUACUAGGUGUGGAAGUUCUUGAAAGAGAGUGAGUGAGUCAGUGAGAAAAUAAGGGUGUGUGAGAAAGUGAUGAAGGAGGAAAGAGAGAGAGAAUGAGUGAAAUAACAUUUUGAUGAUGAAUUAAAGUAUGUGCAUAAACUUUUGCAUAUAUUUGGCAACUUAUCCAUUUUAUGCACAAAAAUCGUGCACAUGUAUCUGUGCAUUAUACUUCCAAAGUUCAAACACAUUAGGAGUCAAACUCACUCACUGCUAGUAGGUAAAUCAAGCAAACCUGACAUAUUUUUUAGAAGAAGGGAAUUUAACAAACACGAGUUAAAAAGCCAAGUGUCAGAGCAUAAUAGUGGCCCUUGUGUUCACUUGUAUGCCCUCAGAGUCAGGGAUCCGUUAGUCGAUUUCUGCUGCCGUGCGUCCCCUGCAGUGCCUUCCACAGUUUGGGUAACUAAAUGAAUUAUCUUGUGCAAAGUGUCAAUGCUGAUUUAUGAAGAUUGUAGCUCCAGCAAAAUCCCCUUUGGCUCAUUCCAUUCCCAUUGUGAUUUCCUAACAAUUGUUAAGUAAAGCACAUAAUAUUUUUGUAGACUUUGGGUCCAAGGUUUGCUCAUGGGUGUGUAGAUGUAAAUAUAUAUAUAUAUAUAUUUGGACUAAACAUCUUUUACAUCAUUUGGUGCUAAGAGUUUACCCUCUUUUGUUAAAUAAUCAGAAAUGUUAAUGUUAACUAAUUUGUAAAGUUUUACUAUAUUAAACUUGUUUUUUUUUUUUUUUUUUUUUUUUUUUUUUUUACUAUGAAAGAAAUGGUUUUAAAAAUUUACCGACAAUUAAGUCUUGUUUGGCAGCAAAUGGAUAUGAAUUGCAUUUGCUUCCUAGAUUUCCCCUUUCAUUCCACUUUUGCAUAAAUGGAUUGUACAGUUCCUGUUAAUAAACUGAUUUUAUUCUU